CAAUCGGUAAUAUAGAUUCCUUUCAACAAAGAAAACAUUUUCAUAUUUGUGCGAACCGCGAUUGUUUCUCAGAAAUGAUAAUUGUUUAUUAUUUCAUUUAUUUGUAUUUAAAAUGAGUGCAGAAGAUUAUGAAUUUUUGGACAAAGAUAAGGAUCAAGAUGAAAUUCGUGAGGAAUUGUCACAUAUGAGUUUCGAGGAUUUACAAAAAUUAAAAGAGAAACUUGGUACAAAGGUAUACAAUGAAACCGUAUUUGGUAGUCGUAAAAAAAAGGAAGUUAUUUUCAAACGAGAAAACAAAAAUAGACCAAGAGAAAUGACAACGAAAAGGCAAGUGCCAAGAUUUAAGGAAAUAAUUCAAGUUAAAAAGCGUAUACCUAGAGAUCCACGUUUUGAUAAUCUAUGCGGUGACUUUAAUGAAAAAGCAUUUAAAAACGCAUACAGUUUUAUUAACGAUAUAAAGGAGAACAAUUUAAUUACUUUAAAAAGUGAGCUACAAAAGACAAAUGAUCCGAAAGAGAUAAAAAAGAUCAAAUAUCUUAUUCAACGAUUGGAAAAUCAAUUGAGAGAGCAAAAGAGAAAGAACAUGAAAGAAAAGAAAAGGAUUGAAGAGAAGAAGUCAAUAAUAAAUGCUCUCAAAUCUGGACAAAAACAUUCUUUCAAAAAGAAAUCGGAGAAGAAAGUUCUUGAUCUAAUAACUCAGUAUGAAGAAUUAAAAGAUUCAGGAAAAUUGAAGAAACACAUCACAAGGUUGCGCAAAAAAGCUUUACACAAAUCCAGACGGCAAAUUGAACAAAUGAACUGGACAGUUACUAAUGUAGAAUAAUAAAUUAAUAGGUAUUCAUAAACCUUAGGGCUCUCUUUUUGAGCAGAAAUAAACGUUCUUCGUUUGUUGGCGGAUGAAAAUCCGAAAAAAAAAGAAAAGAAACAAAACGAAGAAAAAGAAAAGAAAAGGAAGAAGAAAAAAAAGAAAGAAAAGGAAGAAAUAGAAAGAGCGAAAAUCUCAAAGGAUCUCUUUCUCUCCCACGCAUUUUUUCAUACUCUUCUGCACACCUUUUCUCGCACUUUUGACGAUUCAUUCGAUAUUCGAUUUUCGCAAGAAAAAAAAGAAAGAGAAGAAGAAGAAG